AUGAAGGGAAUCACAGGAGCACCAUACAAGGCACGUUGUGAUGCUUUGACCAUCACAGAUGUGUCCUGGUUGCCUUACAUUGAGCAUCGGGGGGUUAGGGCCUUUGAGCUGAUUUCAUCAUUCCAUGGUCAACUGAGAUGGGGUCCUAUGGUGAUCACAGCUCGACCAGAGAGGGUGCUACGGCAGUUUGGUUACAUUCAGAGCAUCCCUCUGCCGCCUGUUAGUGCUCGAUUGUCACAUGAUGAUAUAGAUGACAGGUGGAUGCAUUUCGCGGACCACGUACUAGCUGUGGGUGAGCUUUGUCUAGUGCCUAGGCAGGUAUCUGCGGAUUACAUGAAGUGGUUUUUCCGGAUAUCUCACCCAUUCAUGAUACCGACCCAGGUAGGUGACCAGCCUAGAGAUGCACCUGCCGCAAACCCUGAGGAGUACAUGCAGCCGCCCAGCCCCCAGGUUCCAGUGGCAUUUGACCCCCCUCCACAUGCAGUGGAUGAUUACGAUGGCUAUGAGGCGAUUGCACAGAGGUUGGAGCGUGUGCUCAGCCUUAGGAUGGUCACUGCAGGCAUAGAGUUAUAUGAUAUUAUGCAGGAUUGCCUAACGAUCGCCAAAGGGGGAGUCAGUGCUGAUGGAAGUGUCAGGGCUCGACAGAGAUGGCGCACAGAGCAUUGA